AAUAAAAUCAAAACAAAAGCGAAGCGAGCUGCUCAGAAAUCCCCAGCCAGAUAGUCCGAGAUUGUCGUUUGUUUUGCUGCUGAGCCGAUUGAUAAAUUUUGGUUUUUCUGAACCGAACGUGCGGUUGUUUCGUGUUUAAUGUACCACUAAAGUCCGGACGAACAAAUAAAUUAAAUUCUUGUGCCAAAAAAUCGUGAAAAUGGGGUGCUACUCCUGUAUGAAAUUCCUAUAUAUCAUCUUAAACGUUUUGUUUCUGCUCAUUGGAAUAUGUGGUGUUGGAGUUAUAGUUUGGAUCCUAACAGACCAGUCUGUUCCCCUUCACUUCACCCAAGAGUAUGAUGACUUCAUGAUAGCCACCAUAAUCUACCUAAUUGUUGCUCUGGCCCUAAUUGUUCUUUCAUUCUUGGGUAUCUACAGUGUAUGCAAAGAGGUGAAAUGGGCACUAGUUGUUUCAUUCUGCUUGCUACUAUUAAUCAUAGUGGUACAAGUAGCCUCAGGGGUCUGGCUUUACAUAAACAGAGAGGCUUUGGAUAAUUUCACUCGUGCCCAUUUCAAGAAUACAAUUCAGGAACAGUAUGAUAAAAAUCCAAAGAUGAGGCCUAUCGUGGACACCAUACAGGAGAAGAUGAAAUGUUGUGGUGCAGACAGCCCAACUGACUGGUCUCGCAACAAAGAAAUUAACUUGCAAGUGAAUUCCAAAUCAGCUACCUACAAUAUACCACCCAGUUGCUGCAGGGAGGGAAUCCUUGAAUCCCAAUGUCAUGCUGCUACCAAAGACAUAAAACUGGGAGGUGUCCCCAAUACUGACGUAAUUUACCCGAAAGGCUGCUACGUGCUCAUUAAGGAACAUAUCAUCGACAGUAUGACCAUUAUUUUUGCUGUUUUUGGUGUUAUAGUGGGCGUGAAAGUAUUGGGCUUGUUAACCGGCAUUAUACUGGCGUUUUCUAUGAAUCGGUCAAACCGCUAUAAAGCUUAAUUCAUUGUUUGUUCUGCAUAAUGUCGGAUCAGGAUAGAUCCAAUUUAUGGAACAAUUAUUUCUUCUUUUGCUCCGCCUAAGUUCAAUGUACAAAUUAAUCCGUACCUUAUUUAUUUGCUCUCUAUCGAAAUCUAGAAUCUACUUAUACCAAAAAAUAUGUAUUUUUUAACGUUUAUAAAUGAUUAUAUGUCUGUUAUUCAAAUGCUAUAUAUUAUAUGUAUACCAUUUAAUAUUUAUAUUAAGACGUUAAUAUGCAAAAAUUGACUUCCACAGGGAGAUAUAUGGUAACUUUGAUUUCUUAUGUAAUUUACCAGUCAUGACUAUGUUUUAUUACUAAUUUAAAUCUGGAUAUUGAGGCACCCUGUCUUGAACUUGAAGGUGACCAUUGAGAUGUCGGAAACUGUAAAAUGUCGAUGAAAUAUAGGAAAUAACUUAAUUAACAUGCAAUUUAAAAAAUGUAAUAAAAUAUAUUUUUUUAUAAUGUUAUUUAAAUCCACAGGCCAAACUUUUUAUGGCUCUUUACGGCUGACCAGUCAUUUUUAAAUAACACCAGCAAAAUAAAUAUUUUUUUUAGUUUUAGUUUUUUUUUGAGUUUUCUUCUAAAACAUUAAAAUUUCUAAACGGCCUUUUAGUAAGUAUCAAAUUGUGCAAUUUUGCCAUAACCGACCUAGUUCUUAGUUUACCCUCAAAUUUGGGACAUCCUGUGUUCUCUCUACUCCUCAUGCAUAACUCCUACUUUUAAGAAACGAUAUCCCGAUAAAAAAAUAUCGUGCCAAACCGAUAUCUAAUAAAUGAUUUUUUUUAUAUAUUACCAAAAGUAUAGUAAUGAGUGAACUUCAUGUACCUUACCAUAUUCACCAUUUUUGCAUAUUAUAAUACAUAUAAAACUACAAUUUAUUAACUACUGUAAGUGCCAUAUUAUUUAUUCUUUCUAACUAUUUACGAUACUUUAGACUGACGAUGUACUUGCCAAAAUAGACUUUUUAUCUAAUGUGAUGGUCGCCCAAACUAACAUAAUAUAUUUAACCAUCUAUGCAUCGUUCUUGACUGAUUUCAAGACUAAUUUGUAUUAAUUUCACUCUUAUAAGGGUGCUCGAAUGACCAGACAUUUACAGAUUGAACGCCAUUUUUCGUUAGGGCAUAUUUACUCCCCUCUCCAUUUAGCUCUCUAAGUUUUGUUAAUUAAUUUAUUUUUGUAAAAGAUAUGUUUUUUCGUCAUAUAUGUAUAGAUGUUAAGAUAACUGGUUAAAGUAGUACGCGGAAUGUGUAUUGCUUUUAAAAUCGUUUAUUAUAGGUAUUAAAUUAAGCCAAAAAUAUGAAGAACAAAGCCGUUCUAGAUUAGUAUAUAUAGACACGUUUUGGUAAUUAUAGCACAUUUAAUUCUACUUAUUACACAACAAGGGAUAUUUUUUUAUGAUCGAGUAGCAUUUACAGUUUGACUCGACAAAUUUGCUCACUCAACCGACAUAUUUAUAAUUUUUUAUGUAAAACACUAUUUUAUUGAAAUAUACAUGGUGUCUGAAAUAAAAGUAAUGACUGCACUAUUGUUAAGCCUUGGCUAGUAAAAGAUGUCUAUAGAACUUUAAUAAAAUAUUUACUAAAAACAUUCUAAUAAUUGCUCCUAUUCAUUGUCAUACUUUUAUUUUUGCCCACGUUUCACAAAUAAUUAUUAUACUUAUUUAUUUCACAAAUACAGCACAAUAUGUCAUACAGUCUUAUAUAGAAUACAGGCAAAUGUAAAACAGGUUUCCAUUAAAUUCAAAAUUAUCCUUAAUUUUUUUGCAUUGCAAUGCUAUCUUGAUUUACAGUAAAAACUGUUUAAAGGCCUGUUAUUUUCAACUUGAGAUAUAAAGUGUAUAUAAACAGUCGUGCUUAAAAAAGGAUUUUCCGUUGAUUGGCAUAAUAAUAUAUUGGUUGUCCUAUUUAGAAUGGGGCUACCUUUUUGAAUAGGUUAACUUGUCAUCGAUAGAAAAAAGCUAAAUGAACCAUCUUUGAGAUUAAAAAUGGUAACAAAAUAGCACACUAAUGAUUUCAAACACCCUGUAGAUAAUAUAGCUAUCAGAAAACCAAAAAUAGUAUUGUAGAUGACAAUAUUUAAAUCACAUCACAAAAAAUUUGCAUUGCGCACAAUAUUACAGGCUUUGUUGGACGUAGAUAGUUGUAGUUUAGUUUAUAAGUACCAUUAUUGUUACUACUUAUUAUUAUAUUGUAACAGAUGUAUCAUAAAUGAUUUCAGACCUUUUAGUGAUGGGAUUUGCUCUUAGCAGCUUUCAGCCACUAACUGAAUAAUUGUUAAUUGAUAAAAGCAUUAAGAUAAAGAGAAACUUCCUGAAGUUGUUCAGAUGAACAAAUGUACUUCAAAAUGAAAAGAUGGGUUAAAACCUCCGCAGUCAUUGAUAAUACAUCUUAUAUUUAAUAAUUGUUUUUUUCUUAAUAUUAAAAGAAAAGAAUAUUUAUGCAUUUAAUGUCUAAUUAUUGUAUAUUUGAGGUAUAAAAUCAUAAUAAUAAUAGUAAUAUUUUCCAUGAGUCUGUAGUAAGAUCUAUGUUCGUAUCAUGUAUGUUAGAAUUAUAAUCCUUAAAAUAUAUUAAACUGUUACCAAAUAUGCUUAUAAAAACUAGUGGUAGCCCGGAACAGAAGCAGAAGGGAAGAACAUUGGUUGUGAUAUAUAUGGAAAUCAAUCAAAACAAAAAGAAACAUGUACAGAAAGAAAGAAAGAAUAUUGCCUAUUUUUGAUGUAACGAGAGUUUUCAAAAAAUCUAUGUUUUCUACAAACUUUAGUAGUUAGUAUUAUGUUGCUUGUACCUUAAAAGAAGUUAUAAUUUAUACUAUUUUGGAAUGUUGGCUUGUUUUUUUUUUAUUAUUUUUGUAAACCCCUAUAUCAUGUUUUUAAUAAACUAUCUAGAACUAUA